AUGUCUUCUGCAAAGCAUUCCAUAGAGGAGAAGCAAGUCACUGAGGAACCAAUCCCAGUCGAUACCACGGACCCAGAUGCUGAAUUCGGAGGGUUUGAAGAGAGGCAGAAGCUGGAGCGCAAGCUUCUAUGGAAGCUAGACUGCAGGAUGUCUAUCAUGAUUGUCAUCUACAUCUUGAAUUAUAUUGAUAGAAACAAUGCUGCGGCGGCCCGAUUGAGAGGUCUUGAGGCAGACCUUCACCUUAAAGGACAAGACUUCAAUACUCUUCUAUCUAUUCUUUACGUUGGAUAUAUUCUUAUGCAAAUACCGUCAAACAUGUUCCUAAACCACAUCGGAAGGCCGUCGCUAUACCUUCCUGUUUGUAUGAUGAUAUGGGGAAUGAUAUCGGUCUUAACUGGUAUUACAACGGGUUUCAUUGGAGCACUCCUAACUCGAUUUUUCCUCGGAUUCGUGGAGGCCGCAUUCUUCCCUGGCGCUCUAUUCCUUCUCUCGAAGUGGUACACACGCAGCGAGCUUGGCUUGCGCAUAAGCAUUUUAUACUGUGGUAAUAUCAUUAGCAAUGCGUUCGGCUCUCUCAUGGCUUCUGGUAUCUUGGAUGGAAUGGAGGGCAAGUUAGGGCAUCAGGCUUGGAGAUGGCUAUUUUAUAUAGAAGGGGCCAUAACAAUCGCUGUUGCAUUCGCAGCCAUUUUCAUCCUUCCAGAUUUCCCUACGACGACCCGAUGGUUGACACCGUUGGAACGCAGUCUAGCACUGCGUCGUAUGGCCGAAGACGGUGGAAUAAAGAUCGACGAUGAGGAAGGAGCAGAGGUGCUCUCCCAAAAUCCCGAAGGAGCCCUUGGAAGUACUAUAGUCCCGAAGGACAAACAAGGUAGAUUAACUCGCCAUGGCCACGGUUUCUGGCUCGCAGUAAGAGACUGGAAGGUAUGGUGGUUGACAGUUGCCUUUACGGCUGAAGUGACGGCGCUGUCUUUCAAUGCCUUCUUCCCGACAUUGACUGCUACGCUUGGCUUCAAUUCGAUCAUAACGCUCAUUCUCGCGGCCCCUCCGUGGUUCCUGACAGCAGUAGUAGCAUUCUUCAAUGCAAGGCAUUCCGACAAACAUGGUGAAAGGUUCUGGCAUAUUGUCGGACCUCUCUUUGUUGGUAUUGUCGGAUUUAUAAUUGCAAUCUCAACGAUGAAAUUAGCUGCACGUUAUGUAGCCCUGUUUCUGAUGUCUUUAUCCUACGUUGGAUAUAUCGUAAUGUUCGCAUGGAUCUCGAAUAGCGUCCCACGCCCACCGUCAAAGCGAGCAGUUGCAUUAGCACUCAUAAACUGUUUGUCGCAAACAGGCAAUGUUGCGGGAUCUUACGUAUGGCAAGUCAAAUGGGGACCGUCUUAUCGGAACUCGUAUGGAAUCUGCAUUGCUCUACAGGGUCUCACGAUUAUCAUGUGCUGGAUAUUCAGACAGCACUUGAAAUCUCUGAACGAGCGAUUGGAAAGAGAAGAAGCGGAGAGAGGUGAUAAAAAGAAGGGAUUUAGGUACUUACUCUGA